AUGAGUAAUUAAGAUAAAUAGUAAUAAUAAUAGUAAUAGUAGCCACAAGGAGCUUAGAGGGCUGCUAGCGAUACCGAACCUCUUAUAAUUGAAGAGAGAGUGCAGAUAGUCAAUGGAGAGCAAAUCAUAAAGAGAUAUCAAAGAGGAAGUCUUCUAGGAAAGGGUGGUUUUGCAAAAUGUUUUUAGGUUACCAAUUUAGAAAACAAGAAAGUAAUGGCAGCAAAGAUUAUCCCAAAAAGCACUUUAGUUAAGAACCGUGCUCGUCAAAAAUUGAUAUCAGAAAUUAAAAUUCACAAGAGUUUGCAUCAUAAUAACAUUGUAAAGUUCGAGCAUGUCUUUGAAGAUCAUGAUAAUGUUUAUAUUCUGCUUGAAUUAUGCCCUCAUUAAACCCUAAACGAGCUUAUCAAGCGUCGUAAACGUAUUACAGAAUUAGAAACUCUUUGCUAUACAGUUUAAAUAGUUCAAGCUCUUAAAUACCUCCAUUAAAAUCGUGUUAUCCAUAGAGAUCUUAAAUUAGGUAAUCUUUUUGUAGGAGAAAAGAUGGAAAUAAAGCUUGGUGAUUUCGGUUUGGCAACUAAACUUGAGUUUGAUGGUGAAAAAAAACGUACAAUUUGUGGUACCCCUAAUUAUAUAGCUCCUGAAAUUUUAGAUGGAAGAGUUGGUCAUUCAUAUGAAGUAGAUAUAUGGUCUUUGGGUGUUAUCCUUUAUACUUUAUUGAUAGGAAAACCACCAUUCGAAACUCACGAUGUUAAAACAACUUAUAGAAAAAUUAAAUCUAAUUAAUACUCCUUCCCAGAUCAUGCUCCUAUUCCUGACUCUGCCAAAGCUCUAAUUUAGCUCAUUUUGCAACAAGAUCCUGCUAAAAGACCAACUUUAGACGAAAUCCUUGCUCAUCCCUUCAUUAAUAACGGCGGUACUAUUCCUAGAUUACUUCCUGUUUCUACUUUAACAACAGCUCCUAAUACCAGCUACAUUAAGCAAUAUGCUCCUUCAGCCAGUAACAUUAAAGCUAACUAGUAAUCCAUGCAAAUAGGAACAGAAGUAUUUGGCUCUAGUAGAAAAGAAAUGACAAAGAGUCAAACAACUACUAACAUGAAUAAAGCACUCUUUUAAAAUGAAAAUGGUAACAAAGUAUUAGAUGGAUAAAAAAAUUAAGCCACUAGUAAUCCUUCUAACCAAUUCAUGAGCACUGCGAACCUUCAAUAGAACAGCAAAAAUCUCAACAGCAACUUCAAUCAAAAUGAUUUCAACCAAACUGAUUAGAGACCAACAACCUCUAAAGUCUAAACAGGAACACAAUAAGGAUUGUAUAAUAAGCAACAAACAGGCACUCAAGAUCCAAAUAAUAAAUAAUAGCAAGGAAACAAAUACCAAAGCGUUUAAAAUUUAAUGAGUAUGAAUAAAACUGAUGGGUUCUAAAAUCCUUAAAACUAAUAGCAGCUUAAUGGUGAAGAAAAUAACUAAAUUGAUGGUAGCAAGAAUAACCUAUGGGUUGUAUAAUACGUUGAUUAUAGUUCUAAGUAUGGUUUAGGUUAUUUGCUUUCUAAUCAAUCUGCUGGUGUGGUAUUUAAUGACACCACUAAAAUUAUUUUGGAUCCUAAAGCUGAAUACUUCGAAUAUAUUUAUAAGAAAGAUUAAGAUGAAAUCACUGAAAAGCAUUCACUCACUGAAUAUCCUACAGACCUCUAAAAGAAAGUUACCCUUUUACAACACUUCCGUCAUUACUUGAUGACAGAAGUGAAUAAAAAAGUUUGUGCUGAAAACGGCUCUACUUAAGCCACCUUAUACAAUGAUUCAAAAUUCUAAAUGCAACCUAAUCAGCCUCUUCCUUACCUCAAAAAGUGGAUGUAAACUAGACAUGCAAUUAUGUUCCGUCUAUCAAAUAAAAUAGUUCAAGUAUAAUUCUCUGAUAAGACUGAAAUUCUCUUAAACAGUACUGAUAAGAUAGUUUCAUUCAUGAACAAAAAAGGAGAACGUUUCCACUAUCCUUUAGCUGAUGCCAUGAACUCUACAAACUAAGACAUGACUAAGCGUUUAAGAUACACCAAAGAAAUCCUUACUCACUUGUUAAAAAAUAACCAAAGAUAAAACACUAAUGAUGAACAAGGAAAUAAUGCUGCAAACAGCGUAGCACCACCUGAUGAUAUGCCUCAAAAUGAACCAAAUUACAACAAAUACGGAAUGACCGCUACUAUGGAGAAUGAGUAAUUCCCUAAACUUAACGAAUAAAAAUUGAAAGGAAUGACAUCACAAAAGAGUCUUACAGAAAAAGAUUAAUUAAUCUAUAAUAUGACUGGUUUUAAUAAUGGAAGUAAAACUCCCUCACAAUAAAAAAAUCCCUCUGUAACAGCUUAUCCCAACGCAUAGCAACAGCCAGCAUAACUUGCUGAUAAAAACUAAAAAAAGUGA